CUUGGCUGAUUCAUGUCUUCAAGAGGUAUUAUGUAACACUCUCUACUAGGAUGGUCACAUGGCCACAGGGCUCACCUGUGUUUAAAUUGACCAUCUGCCCCUCUCUUUACAAAGCCCAUCUUCACUCUGCAACACACACUCAUACUGUCAGUGGACAUCUGCUGAAGACACCUUAAUUUGUUUUGGUCCAAUCUGGUGAUCAAAAUAUCCAGCUCUGGUGAGAAAGAAUUGUAUUAGUGGUAUGAGGAAGACAUGGGAGCCGUAGACAGGUGCCUCAGCAGAUCAUACUCCUCAUGUGUGGGUGAACAGAAGUAAAGCUGGGAUUGCAUCUCUGUUGACACCUCCGCAGAUUCAGCGUGAAGCAGGGAGAGAAAAACACAGACAUGCAGACGGAAUGAAUAGAAAGAGGACAGAGGGAGCAAGAGAGAAGAGUGAAAGCAAGAUAGAAGAUGUAUUUGACUAUGUGGGUGUGUGAAGUAUCAAGGCAUGCAUCAUAAUUGUUGAUUCUUCUUGGAGCAGCCGGACGUGUCACUGUAGCGCAGGACAUUAAGUGUCGUAUUUUGUACUUUAUAACAGGGGCAGCUGUGAGCAAAGAGAGCGACGUAAGAGGCAAAAUGGAAACCGUUUUGUUUGUGCUGCCUAAAGGAUUUCAUUAACUCGGAUUAUGAAAAAAAUACUUAAACUAGUUCAAAGAGAUGCAGUCUGGAAAACAAGGAUGAUGCCCCUUCACUGUCAAUAAUCAAGAAUUCAAUUCAAUAAUUUAUCUGAGAUGGCCGUCAGCCCGGUCAUCAUCUGCCUCCUGUUACUGAUCGACUAUGGCUCUUCCCACCCUUCUCCACCUCCUCCUCGGGGAUGCAGUGUGGAUGUGGAACCUCCAUACAGAGUGCUGUGUGACCUGGAGUCGGUGUGGGGUGUGGUUCUGGAGGCCAUGGCCUGCAGCGGUGGCGUCGCCUCUGUGGUCCUCGCUGUGCUCCUACUAGUUAAGCUGCGCUCCAUUUCUGACCACGCCAGGCGCUCCGGCGUGGGGCCUCUUCUCCUGCUCCUUGGCACGCUCCUCGGGAUCUUCACCAUCUCUCUGGCUUUCCUGGUGGGGAAGAACCAGGUGCUCUGUGUGGUCCGCAGGGCCUUCUGGGGACCCCUUUUUGCCCUCUGCUUCUCCAGCUUGCUAGUGCAGGGUGUGCGGCUCAGGAGGCUGGUGGCUGGCAAGUCGAGCCCAUCGGGCAGCUCCCUGGCGGCACUCGGUCUGGCCUUGGCCUUGGUUCAGGGGAUCAUCUCUGCUGAAUGGGUCUUGCUGACUGUAGUCAGGGAGGGUCACCAAGCCUGCGAAUAUCCGCCUUUAGACUUUGCUCUGACAUGCAGCUAUACCCUGGGGCUGCUCCUCAUAGCCAUGGGGCUUUCUCUGGGGGUGGUGCUGUGUGGAGGAGAGAUGGUGGCAGAAGGAGCAGGUGGGAGUGAAGAAGAUAGAGAAGGAGAUAGUGAAAAACGGAGAUGGAAGUGUAACGCUCUCUGGCUCUUUCUGUCCAGUCUGGCAUCGGCAUUGCUAUGGGUGGCUUGGCUUGGGUUUUAUCUUUAUGGUAGCCAAACCCUGAGAGGAAAGGGGAAAGGUGAGAGGUUAGGAGGAGGAGGAGGAGCAAAGAAGAAUGUAAAGGUGUUGGAUGAGCCUGCACUGGCGGUGGCUCUGGUCAUUCAGGGCUGGAUCCUGCUGCUGUUCCACGCUAUUCCAGAGACGCACCUAUGUCUCCGGAACCCUCCACAAUCCAACACGCAAGACUUCUUCGACACCACUCACACGUCUCCUCCUCCACAUUUCGGAGAUGAGCUUCCCACGCACUCUCACCGACCCUUCCCGGAAAACCAAGCUUUUUCUAUGGAGGAGCACGGUGCAACUCUCCGAAGUGGAACAUACCACAGCAGCCAUGGGAGUGUGCGUCCUGGCAUCGCCUUCAGAGGUCACGUCUACCAACCCACUGAGAUGGCUCUGGUCAUGAAUGGUGGAACAAUGCCCACAGCCCCAGUUAACUACACUGGCCGACGGUUAUGGUGAUACAGGACAAGACUUGAAGAGGAUGCACUGGUGUAACACUGGUGUGUGAUAUUAGAAUUCCCUGUUGCCUAAGAAGACGGAUAUGUAUUAAAACCAAUACAUAUCACACAGGAUGGAGUUGAUCGGCGUUUAAAAAUGUUUAAUGUAUUCGUGUUUCUGCAAACAUGUAUGAAUUUUACAUUUUUAGAAUCAAUCCUAAAAGUAUUUUUUGCUGACGUUUUCUGGGUUGCCUCUUUAUAAGCAGACUGGAUAUGAAAUCACAAGAGAGGGAAGCAAAAGUGACGUAACUUCAACAGUUUAGUACAUUUUGUCAUAAAGCCAGGGCGAUUUAAAGUGCAUUAUUUUGAUCAGCGCAGAUUUUCUUACUGUAUUACGUAUAUAAGUACACUGACAAGGAGUGUAUAAGGAAGGCAAAUUUUAGCAUAUUUAAGCUAAUGUGGUAUUGGCACAUUAAAGGAGGAAGUAAAGUUAAAGGAGGAUUUGAAUGUAGAAUUGUGUUACUUACUUAUGCCAGUUACUUAUUGAUGCAAGUUCAUCAGUGAUGUUUGCUUCUUAAAAAACUAGCCUACACUUCUUUUUCUCUUUCUAUUUGACGUCAGCUCCAUGUAAGAAAUAAAAUCCUUCAGGAUGUUUAUGUAAAUUACAUGCAUACGCCCACAUAGCUUGCUUGGCCUCUGUAUUAUAUGCUGGAAAACCCAAAGGACUUCCAGCAUGUAAUAACCAAAGGACUUUUCUCUCCAUAUCUCCAUCUAUCAUCAGUGCUAUUGGACAGUUCGACACAUUUUACCAUGAGCUCGCGCAGAAUUCUGGAGGAUCAUCUGGUGAUUUAAAAGGCUAAGAUGAGUCUACAGCUUAUGGAUAAGUAGAUUUUAAUAAGCAUAUCCUAAAAAGCCAUUUAAUACCACAACACCUAUACUGCAGUAUAUAAGGGUUACUGUUAGAGGUUGUGAUUUUGCACUUUAUCAGAUCAUUUGAGAUGCAUGUAAAAGCGCAGUUAGAAGGUAAUGUUGUUUGUCAAAAUGAAGUGUAUUUUAAAUGUU